AUGAUCGGCCGCAAGCAGCGCAAGCGUGUGGUAUACGUGGAUGGCAUCCCCAUCGAGUCCACUCUCCUGGACGCUGGUGAGUCCGGACUUAAAGGCGAGAAGCAGAACGACCCAACAUCUCUGGCAGCGCUCGAUCCGCGCGUCUUGUUCGACAAAUACGACACGGACGGCUCCGGGGAUAUCGAUUUUGACGAGUUCAAGGUGCUGCUGCACGACCUCAAUGUGAACCUGACGGAGCCCAAGGCGCGCGCCUACUUCAAGCGCUGCGACCGUCGACGCCGAGGCAGCAUCUCGUUCGAGGAGUUCCGCUUGGCACUGUACACGUGCGACCCAAAGAACCCAGAUAGAACGGGAGGCUUUGCCCCGGGUCAGUCGCUGGCGCCCAAAGAUCUGUUCGAGAUGUUUGACAAGGAUGAAGAGGGUGCCAUCGACCGAGGGACGUUUAUGGAGCUCCUGGAGUUCAUCGGACACAAGAUGCCGCUCGACAAGAUGGAAGAACUCUUUGCGACCUAUGAGGAUCAAGAACUGGAGAUGCUGCCGUACGUGCAGUUCAAGAAGGCUUGGUUGUCUGUGGUUGACGUGCAGGCAGAGCUCCGCCUGCGUGGGGAGCGGUUCAACAGGUUCUUGCCGAAUUCGAUUCUUGCGAAGAAGUUGGCCAUGCUCGUGAAUAUGGAGGAAAAGCAGGAGGCUAUGACGCUGCUGGAGGCCAAUAACACGCUUAGUGAUGAGAUCAUCGCUGCGCAACGCUGCGAGUUGGUUAGAGAAGCCAAGUAUCUAGCGCGUGUGACGCUGGCUGAGGCUCUGGAUGCUGCGGGACAGGUAUAUGUAUUUGGAAAAGGGGCGUAUCAGCGCUUCGACAGUGAACCGAGAGAGCCUGAUUUCGUCGAGUUCAUGGAGUAUGGCAUCGUGCGAGAUUUAUGGCAUCAGCGAGUCGCUCCACCGCCUGGCAAUUCGAAAACUAAGGGGAAGUCUGGACCACGCGCUGAACAAAUAGAAACCGAGGAAGUCGGCGGCAACAAUGAUGACGACGACAACCAUAAACGUCCGUCUCCCUCCAGAACGAAGCUCGAGACGUCUGCACGAGCAUUUACAAACCGUCAGGUCUCGAAAGCAACAGCGUUUCUGUGGGGAAAGCGUGUGACCCAGGUAGUCUGUGGUGCUGCGGUUGCGUAUGCGCUUACGGAUGCUGGAGAAGUCUUUUGUUGGGGUGGAAACAAACGACGGUGGCGGUACUUCUACGAUGAGGCCACCGCUGAGAGCGGAUUGAACUCUUCUUCAGUGCCGGCCACAGAAGACCGUGGCAGCGAUGGAGGUGGUGCAAGUAAGUCUGGUAGUGGUGUGGUAGACCCCGCCAAAGCAGGCACGCGUAGAAAGACUGGGUUACUUGAUCGCCCGCUGACCACGCGCAGUGAGAUGUUAAGACUGUUCGCACUCCCAUCACAAGUGACAGAAAGUCAGGAAGUGCACGACCAGCUUGGACUCCGCGUGAAGUAUGCCAAAAUCUUCGAAAGACCCGCGCCAUUGAUCUCUACAGAAGAGGAUAAACGCAGGAGGUUGCAACUUGUGGGUCGAUACUAUGGUCUUCUGGAUCCUUUGGCACCCCCGACAGCAGGAAAGCCCCCAUCUUUGGAUGAGCUGAUGGAAACUGUAGAGCCUGAGCUUGAUGUGGACGACUUGUCGCUAUCGCUGUUUAUGCGUGGGGUGGAAUUGAGCAAGCCUACUCGCAUGGCGCUGCUCGAGACGCUUGGGGAAUGUCUCGAUCUCGAGAUCGAGUGUGUUGGAGACCUGUUCCACGACCAUUUGAAGCAACAAGACCAAAUUGCUCGGAGGUAUCGCAAGGAACGACGGGAACGACCGCUGAUGAGGAUAGUGGCUAAAGCUAAGGCGCUCUGGUUCGAGCUUGGUGAACUUCGUGACAACAUGCUUGCCGCGGAGAAACAGCGCCUCAUUAAGGGCGAGGAAGAGUACGACAACAUGAAACGUAAAAUCACGCACGCUACCCAGAAGCUCAAGCGACGAGCCCGAGAGGGGCACUCCGCUAUCGUCGCCGCAGACAGCAGCAGCAAUAACAACAAUAGCAACAAGACGACUCCAAGUGAUGAAGAAGCACUACUCUACAUCAACGGAUUGACUUCGAGGGGUCCGGCACUGCGCUUUUUCAACGGUGCUCAAGCCCUGCAAAACAUUGCGGUGGGUUCACGUCACGCUCUUGCGAUACACUCUUCCGGAAAGUUGUACACGUGGGGAGUUGGCUCCUUCGGGCGGUUAGGUGGUGCUCAGCCCCAAGCAUCGGCCGAUGAUCCAACGAAUCGUAAGGGUGGCAGUAAUAACGACGAUACCGAUGACGCUCCUGUCGACUCCUGGCAUCGCGACGUGCACGCGGCGCAGAUCAUACCUACCGUACGCCACAUCCGUUUCCGGUCAAUUUCAUGCGGAUUCGGUCAUAGUCUUGCGCUUUCCACCGACGGAACAGUGUACGCAUGGGGCUCGGCAACCCACGGCAAGCUUGGAAUUGGCCCAGUGCAGGUCAAAGAAAGUUUCACGCUAGCACCUGUCGUGCUUUCUUCUCUCGUGAAUUCUGGUGUUCGCGUGCGAAAAAUUGCCUGUGGGCCGUCACAUUCAGCUCUUAUCACUACGGACGGUGCAUUGUUCGUGUGGGGAUGUGGGGACGGCGGACGGCUUGGUCUCGGAGACGGGCGAGACAUUGGUGAAGACCGAGUACCUCGCAACGGUGGGCAGCUUCGUGUGAUACCCACGCCGACGCGUGUUACGGAGCCGUUUGGACACGAAAGACUGGUUGAAGUGGCCUGUGGAGCUGCUCACACCGUGGUUUUGACAGCGCUGGAGAGAAGUAACAGCGGCCAGCCUUACGGUGGAGGAUGUGUCUAUGUGGCUGGGAGCAACCACGCCUUAGACAAGUUCACUCCGCAGUUCACUCACGUGGAGAUAAAAGACGUGACUUCACGCGUCAUGAUGGUUAAGGUGGGUUGUGGUCCAGCGCAUACAGCUCUCGUAAGCACUGAAGGCGAGCUGUACACAUGGGGGAAGAAUGUCGGUGGCAGUACGGGGCACUCUGUGAGCAUACCCCUCAUCGUAGAGCCGACUCGUGUAGGCUGUAUGUUUGAGCGACCCCGGAAUUUAUCUCUAGAUGAGGCUGCGACAGCUAAUCAAAGCAGCCAAAACGCCAGUGCUCUUGCCGAGUACGCAUUGGGUGGUGAUCACGCAGCAAAGGAGAUUAAACGAAGGCGACAAAGUCGUCGAGCCAGUGGCGGAGAUCGUCCCCGGAUAAGCACUGCCGCCAAAUUCGCGCAAACUCAGCAGGAGAUGUGUCCGUUUUGGCAGGUUGCUCUGGCCGAACGCUCUCGGAUUGUGUCUAUUCGCGUUGUUCUGGUGUCGGCGAGUGUUGACGAUGAUAAUAAUUCGACGGCGCGAUCGACUUUAUCUACCAAACGAUCAUUGCGCUCUGCUGGAGGGUCCAAGUACGCUAUUAUGGUGUCGGAAGAUGCGUUCGACCCGGAUCUUCGAGGAAAGCAGUCGCUCGCGAAGGCCAGAGGUCAAAGUGUGCACGUUUCGUUGAGUGGAGCCGCACAGAAUGAGCUCACGUGGGUGGUCCCAGCUGACACCUUUGGAAGCUUCAUUCGCGUUCAGCUUGAGGGCAGUAGCGGUGCUGGGAUGCUCGGAUUGGAGCGUGUUGAGGUGCUAGGUUCGUCUAGCGAGCAGUAUGUGGGCCCACGAGUUAGUGAUGUGGUAUGUGCUGAGGGCAUGACUGUCGCGAUCUGCACCCCGCUAUGUAAACGAGAAGAACUGAUCGAGAAAUUCCAGCGUGCUGCCCGAGCAGACCGAGCUAGCGUUGGCGUGCUGGCUCAACUCGAAACUUAUCAUCCUUUCGUGCGCGAGGAGGAAGAUGAAGCGCGUGCUGAAGAUACCUUGUAUGCAGCCAGUUUAACGGCGAAGAGUGGAAUGGAGAAGCGGGAAGUGGCCACUGCCAUUGCAGCGCUUGAGGCAAAACGAAGAGCGGAAACGUGCGUGCUCUGUCGACCUCAACUGCCCUGUGUUAUUUGUGAAGUGGAGAAACAAGUCAAAGCUGUGAAGCAAAAGCCCUCGGCAGUGCCCAGCUCAUCACUUCCCGCGAGUCUGGAACUGCAACAGCCGAAACAGUCAGUGAAUGGUCGAAGGAAGCAUCCAGGCCAAACACCAAUUCCUCCCCCUUCUAUAAGUAAGCGUCCCGAGCCAGCACUGACGUUGGAGGCACUUUGCGCUGAGUUCCUGGCGCUGGACACACGGUCAAAGGAAGAAGAGGAAGAAGCUCAAAGGCAACUGGAGCUGGAACUGAUGGACCCUGCCGCGCUUGCCCGAGCAAAGGAGGAGGAAGAAGCUGCUUCUCGGCAAGCGUUAGGACAAGUGGUGGCAAAACCUGGUGUGGUACAUGCACCUCGCGUAAGUCAAGUGAUUUUCAAACUGUUAACCACCGCAGGCUUGCUAGGGCGGAAAGGGCCCGAGAAGACGCUACAACUAGCACAAUGA